AUGCAUUCUCUGCUUCCUUUCCUCUACCUGUUCUCGGCUUGGACAAAAGGAGCAUGGGCUGCGGACCCCACCAUGCCCUUCAUGGAGUACCUGGAUGAAAAACAUAUGGUCUGCCUAAUGUGGGGCUUUGAUAACCUGAAAGGAAACAUCACAUUCAAGCUGGAGGUCAACACAACAGGUUGGGUGGGCUUUGGAUUUAGUCCGAAUGGAGGCAUGAAGGGGGCAGACAUGGUCAUAGGGGGAGUUGGGCCCGAUGGAAGUUACUUCACAGAUCGACAUGCAUUGGGAAAUGUUGAGCCCUUGGUGGACGAGCAGCAAAGCUACACUCUCCUCUCUAUGAAUGAAAAAGAUGGCCAAACCAUCAUGUCCUUUCGGAGGUCCAUUCAGUCGUGUGAUAAGGAGGACUUCCUUAUUACUGCUCAACCUAUUAAACUGAUUUACGCCUACGGAUUAACAGACGAAAUAAAAUACCACAGGGACAAUAGAGGCACAAAGGAGGUCAACCUGCUGGAAUAUAUGCCCAGGACGACCUCAACCAACCUCAACUUCCUCAGCGCCACAAUGGACAAUAUCACUGUCCCGGCUUACCGUACCUACUACUACUGCAAGUACAUGAAGUUGAACUUAACUACAAAACAUCAUAUAUAUAUGAUUGAACCUGUGAUCGAGCAGAUUGACAUCGUGCAUCACAUGCUGCUGCACCGCUGCCCCUCCUUUGUGAUGGAGGAGGACGACAGGCCGUGCUACAUGGGCGACAUGGGAGAUACCUGCUUUGGGGUGGUGGCUGCAUGGGCCGUGGGAGGAGGGGUAUUUGAGCUUCCAGAAAAUGUUGGUAUUCCGAUUGGAGGUGCGGACAGUGGUACCAUUUAUAGACUGGAAAUCCACUACAAUAACCCAAGAAAAGAAGCGGGUAGGACAGACAGUUCAGGACUGAGACUGCACUAUACCGCCCAGCUCCGGCAGCACGAUGCGGGCAUCAUGACCACAGGUGUUUCCCCAUGGACAUCUUUGGCCUACAAUAUCCCUCCAAAAAACCCUGAAUUUCACACCUACGGCGUGUGUAAUACCACGCUCUUUUCAGAGCUUCUCAAUCCUGUGCCUGAACUGCAAUUCUUUGCCGUGAUGCUGCACACUCACUUAGCUGGGAGGAAAAUCAGAGUUGUCCACUACAGGAAUGGAACACAGACAGGCUUCUUGGCCUUGGAUGAAGACUAUGACUUUGGGUUGCAGCAGACAGUCAAUUUGGGGCACAUCACAACCGUGAAGCAGGGUGAUGAGAUUGCAGUGGAGUGCACCUACGAUACUUCCGAUCGCACCAAUGUCUCUAUUAUGGGGUUAGGAUCUACUGAUGAGAUGUGCCUGGCCUUCCUAUACUACUACCCUGCAAUCAACAUCACCGCAUGUGUUAGCCACCCAAACACAGGCAUGUCUGAGAACAGCACAACUUCAGACCAGAAUACGAUUGCUGAGCAGGAAAGUUUAAUGAAGAACCUCCCACAAAUUCAGUAUGCCUUCGAUGACAAACACAACUACUCAGUGAACGCACAUGGCACAGUCAGGGAUAUGAUGGAGACACCUGUCACCUGUGAGACUAGCAACGCGGCCAGUGGACUCAGCACUUCCUGUAAAAUGAAGCCGGCAGGAAUCAUACUUGUGUUACUCUACAUUGCAAUAAUGUAACAUGGUUGUAGGAGCAACAGUAACCAUUGACAUAUUGAUAAAGGAAGGCACAGUUGAUCAAAUCUAUAUUGUUUCAAACUUUAAAGAAGAGUGUGCAUUCAGAUGUCCUCCUUUUAUUUUUGUAUUGCAUAGUCUUUACAUAUUGAUUAUUAGUCAAUGAUGAACUGUCAAAUUGUUUAGCAACUGACAUAUUGAUUUUCAUAUUGCGAUUUACUGUCUCACUGUUUCUUUAAACCCUGUUUCAUAAAAUACAGAAAUACCUGCCUGGGACCAAUUAACUAGACACUCAAUUUGUAAAGUAAAAUGUUCCACUACCUACUUAAAUGCAUACUAUACCAAGAAGUAACUGGAAGGAAUUCAGCAAUCAGUCAUUGUUGAAUAUAUAUUUUCCAUUUAGUAUAUGCAUAUGCCAUGAUUGUGCAUGUAAUAUAUCAUGUCGGUUUUCAUGUAUUGUGUUAUUUUUAAUGCACUGUAAGCCUGAAUGCUGAUUUGUAUAGUUUACAGUUAUA